CGUCACGUGGGCUCCAGACCCGGCCGCCGCCGCUCGGUCGGCUGGUUGGUCGGUCAGUCGGUCGGUGGGUCAGUGGCCUGCAGCUCGGCUCGCGGCUCUCAUGUUCGGAGGUGGGAGGGACACGGGAGCGGCCCGCACACCUGAGCCGCCCGGAGAGGAGCCCCGCACCCAGUAAGAGAAGGAGAAGACUGAGGGGAAAGGCAUCAUGGCUUCUGAUGCCAGUCAUGCACUGGAAGCUGCCCUGGAGCAAAUGGAUGGGAUCAUCGCAGGCACUAAAACAGGUACAGAGAACAGUGAUGGUAGCUGUGAUCCUGCUCUGGCCUCCCCGGCCUCCCACGCCAACCCCUUCCCUGUGCUCCAUCUCGUUGAGGACUUGAGACUGGCCCUGGAGAUGCUGGAGCAUCCUCAGGAGAGAGCAGCCCUCCUGAGCCAGAUCCCGGGCCCCACAGCCGCCUACAUCAAGGAGAGCUUGUCCCAGGUAAAUCACCACGGUGCUGCUAGUAAUGAAACGUACCAGGAACGCUUGGCACGUCUAGAAGGAGAUAAGGAGUCCCUCAUUUUACAGGUGAGUGUCCUCACAGACCAAGUGGAAGCCCAAGGAGAGAAGAUUCGGGACCUGGAAGUGUGUCUGGAAGGACACCAGGUGAAACUCAAUGCCGCUGAAGAGAUGCUUCAACAGGAGCUGCUAAGCCGCACAUCUCUUGAGACCCAGAAGCUUGAUCUGAUGACUGAAGUUUCUGAGCUGAAGCUCAAGCUGGUUGGCAUGGAGAAGGAGCAGAGAGAGCAGGAGGAGAAGCAGAGAAAAGCAGAGUCAGUUCUGAAUGUGAUCAGUGAGCUGCAGGAGCAGAUGUGUAGGCUGCAGCUGGACAUCCACAGGCAGAUCCAAGAGCGCCUCUCCCUCGGUAGGGGCGACCCUGAGGAGGUGGCAGCCGGUGACGGUGCGGCCCAGCCCCCGCCCUGCAGCCAGGACGGUGCCUGUUGGGAGGGGUCACCUGAGUUACUGCAAGAGCUCAGACACCUCAAAAUCAAGGUGGAAGAGCUGGAGAAUGAACGGAAUCAGUAUGAGUGGAAGCUGAAGGCCACUAAGGCUGAGGUAGCCCAGCUGCAAGAGCAGGUGGCCCUGAAGGAUGCAGAAAUUGAGCGUCUGCACAGCCAGCUCUCCCGGACUGCGGCUCUCCACAAUGACCAUGCGGAGAAAGACCAAGAAAUCCAGCGUCUGAAAAUGGGGAUGGAAACUUUACUUGUGGCCAAUGAAGAUAAGGACCGUCGGAUAGAGGAGCUCACGGGGCUGCUAAACCAGUACCGAAGGGUGAAGGAGAUGAUGAUGGCAACUCAAGGGCCCUCAGAAAGAACUCUCUCAAGCAAUGAAGAAGAACUCGAGGGAAGUUUCAGAAAGUGGAGCACUGCAAAUAAAGGCCCCGAAGAAUUAUUUAAACCAGAGAUGCCUCCAAGAUGUAGCUCUCCAACCAUGGGGCCACCUCCACUACCGCAGAAAUCACUGGAAACCAGAGCUCAGAAAAAACUCUCCUGUAGUCUAGAAGACCUGAGAAGUGAAUCUGUGGACAAGUGUGUCAACGGGAACCAGAUCUCCCCACUGGUAGAACCCAAGGACAGCCCUUUCCUGGUGGAGCACAAAUACCCCACGUUACCUGGGAAGCUUUCCGGAGCCACACCCAAUGGAGAGGCUGCCAGGUCGACUCCCACUGCCUCCCAGCCGGACCCUGCAGGGAGCAGCCUGCUGAGGCUGAAUCGUGGCCGGAGUGUCAGUGCCCCCGUAUUAGGAGAUACAGAAAGUGGUUGGGACGACACUGCCGUGGUCAACGACCUGUCCUCCACGUCAUCGGGCACUGACUCAAGCCCCCAGUCUCCCCUAACGCCAGAUAGUAAACGGAGCCCCAAAGGCAUCAGGAAGUUCUGGGGAAAAAUCCGAAGAACUCAGUCCGGGAACUUCAACACUGAUGCCCCGGGGAUGGCAGAGUUUCGACGAGGUGGGCUCCGGGCCACUGCAGGGCCUAGGCUCUCUAGGACCAGAGACUCCAAAGGUCAGAAAAGUGAUGCCAGUGCCCCUUUUGCCCAGUGGAGCACAGAGCGCGUGUGUGCAUGGCUGGAGGACUUCGGGCUGGGUCAGUACGUGAUCUUUGCCAGGCAGUGGGUGACUUCUGGCCACACUUUGCUGUCAGCUACCCCUCAGGACAUGGAAAAGGAGUUAGGAAUUAAGCAACCUCUGCACAGGAAAAAGCUGAUUUUAGCUGUGAAAGCCAUCAACACCAAGCAGGAGGAGAAGUCUGCGUUGCUGGACCACAUCUGGGUGACACGCUGGCUUGAUGAUAUUGGCUUACCGCAGUACAAAGACCAAUUUCAUGAGUCCAGAGUCGAUGGGCGAAUGCUGCAGUACCUAACUGUGAAUGAUCUCCUCUUCUUAAAAGUCACCAGCCAACUACAUCAUCUCAGCAUCAAAUGUGCCAUUCACGUGCUGCAUGUCAACAAGUUCAACCCCCACUGCCUCCACCGGCGGCCAGCUGAUGAGAGUAACCUUUCUCCUUCAGAAGUUGUGCAGUGGUCCAACCACAGGGUGAUGGAGUGGUUGCGAUCCGUGGACCUGGCGGAGUAUGCGCCCAACCUUCGUGGGAGUGGUGUCCAUGGAGGCCUCAUUAUUCUGGAGCCACGCUUCACCGGGGACACCCUAGCUAUGCUUCUCAAUAUUCCACCACAAAAGACGCUCCUCAGACGCCACCUAACCACCAAAUUCAAUGCCCUGAUUGGUCCUGAGGCUGAACAGGAAAAGCGAGAGAAAAUGGCCUCACCCGCUUACACACCCCUGACCACCACAGCCAAAGUCCGGCCAAAGAAAUUAGGAUUUUCACAUUUUGGAAAUAUAAGAAAAAAGAAGUUCGAUGAAUCGACGGACUACAUUUGCCCCAUGGAGCCCAGUGACAGUACUGGUGACAGUCACAGGAUCUACGGUGGCUACCGGGGCCUUAGCCCCCUUGAUGCCCCUGAACUGGAUGGGCUGGACCAGAUGGCACCUUCGGAAGGCACCGUGACGCAGAUAGGGCUCCUCUCCCAAGACAUUCACCGCCUCACGACCCUGCUGAGCCAGGACCAGCUGCUGAACGACUCUCGCCUGGCCGCGCCCAGCUCGGAGGACUGGAGAUGACUUUCUUCAUGGCCGAGAGCCCAGAGAGGCACACGCGGGGGCCCCGAGUCUCGGCGUCAAGGGGGAGCAGGCCCAGCCACCUGCAGGCCCAGACGGGCUGGCAGGACAUCCCAGACGGGGCGCUGCCGGGAGCGCGGAGAGCGGUGGACAGACGCCGGGAGGUGGCCCCAGGGGCCCCGUGUUUUCACCCGUGCUGUGCUGAGGGACGCAGCUUUUUACCUUUUGUACUUUUAUACGUGGGCUGCACCCCACUUCUGGCGGGGGGGGCGGUGAGACGUCGGCACAGACUGCAUGGCUCCUGCUCUUCCUGGUGACAUUUGGGAGGUUCUUACGCCAAAGGGGAAGGGCAAGGAGUUCAUAAAAGCUCUGCUGGGAGAAAAUUCUGAAAAAAACUGUUGGGCAGUCCCGGGGCGGCUGCGCGGGCUGCAGGAUGGGAGCGCUCCGGGGCUGCGGCCACCCAGUAGGCCGGGGGCACCUCCGUUCACAGGACCCUGGCCCGGGGUCGGGUCUGGGUGAGCCCCGGGAAGGAGCAGGGCCCCUCUGCCCUCGGCCCUGACCGUCCGCGUCCUACCCUCCUGUGCACCGGGGUGUCAGGUUGUCAGUGCUGCUGGGCCUCCUCAGUUGGGGGCAGGGGCGGGUACCCCCUGGGCACCCCCACCCUGCACACUGCAGCGCGGGCUCCGCAGAGCAGUUGUCUGGUCAAACAGCUCCCCCCAGUGGAUGAGCCAAUGUUUCCACCACAGCUGGCCAACACACAGCAGCCUGGGGGGGGGGGUCCCCUACCUCAGGGAGAGGCCCAGUGCCCCAAGCCAUACCGACCCUCCCAUUCUCCCCCUCAUGGGGCUGUCACAGCUCACAGCUCGGGCCUCCUCUCUCCUCUGCUCCCCAAAGCUGGUCCCUGCUUGCUCCACCACGUCCCCAGCUGCUCCCCUCUGUCCCAGAGUGGCCUUUCCAAAGCACUGCUUUAAUCCCGUUACCUUUCUGCUAAGAACUCAGUUCUAGAAUCCAGAGAGGACUUUUCAAGAGCCUUAGCUGCACCCACGGCCCUUCUGAAUCUUCAGCCUCACGAACCCCCUCUGUAGCCUGUGUGCCCACCUCCUCCUCGCUGUAGCAGGUCUUUGCCCCCUUGGUCCCCGCUUCACAAGGCCAAGUUCUGCCUGUCAAGGCCCAGCAAGACCCCGCUUCCUUCAGGAAGCCCUCGCUGAUGCGUUGGUUGGAGGUCCCUGGGCCCCGCUGCGCUGUCUGCCCUUCAGCCGAGCCCCCCCCAGGACCCCCUGAAGUAGUGUGCCUUUCUCCCUUCGCACAGCCACACUCAGCACGCACACACCGAGCACCUGCUGUGGGCACACUCCCGUACAGCCCGGAGUCAGAACAAACCCUGGUCCUCGAGCUGCCCAGGCACUCCAUGCUGCCACGCUCCCCAUCCCCUCGCCCCUCCGUGUGUGCAGGCUAAGCGUGUUCCAUGCUGGGCCAAGCAGAGCUGGAGAUACAGGCAUGAGUGUCAAGGUCCUUGUCAGAGGGCGCUGCCAAGGGGUCGGGGGUACACCUCUGUUUCAAACAAGUGUGCGCUGAAAGUUACAGAUGCUCCGACAGAAACUAGUUGUCAUUUUUAAUGGCGAGCUGGGGCAGGGGACAGGGAAGGCUUCCAGGAAGAGGGGCUACUUGGUUUUCAGCGAUGAAUCUGGUUCCCCAAGUACACCAGAGCAGGAAAAGGUGCUCCAGGCAAAUGGCCUUGGAACAUCCCAGUACAUCCUAGCAAGUGCCCAAAGUUGCUAAGACUAGAGCAGAGUUUCCCAGCCUCUGCACCAUUGUCACUUAGGGCUGGGUAAUUUGUUGUGAUGGCGCCUGUCUGCUGUGUUGUAGGAUGGUGAGCAGCACCCUCUACUCCCUAGACCCCAGCAACACCCCUCCUCUGGUUCUGAUAAAAAUGUCUUCAGAUUUUGCCAAAUGUUCCCUGGGGGACAAAACUGCCCCUCAUUGAGAACCACUGGGGCCACAAAAUGGGGUAAAAGUGGGAAGCCCAGGGAAGGAAAAACCUGGUGAUGUCAAGCUGGAGUCAGAUCAGGACAGGCCCUGUGAGCCAGGUCCCUGUGAGGACAUGGGUGGCCAGGUGGGAGCUGAUGAAAGCAGGGGACAACGCAGGGUAAAAUCUGUGUUAGAGAAAAACAUGAGGGUGGGCUCUUACUCCUCAUACUGUGCCCAGUGGAGUAUCUUUCCCCAAGCAGGGCUUUGCUGAGGGUGCACUGAAUACACAGAUGGGUAAAGGCUUGCAGCCUCUCACCCCCAUGCCCCCCUUCCUGCUGCACCCCAUGCUCCCUCUGUGAGACCACCCAUAGGCAGGGCACAGCUGCACUCAAAUGAGUUCUCUAGAGCUGGCUCACCCUCUUCUGUGCCCCUCACACAUGCACGUGCACACAUGCACACACCCAGUGACACCCACUGCAGCAACAAUACUACAAUACCAGUUAUUGCGGAAAGGGAAUGACUUGGAAUUAAAUGCCCAGGUCUGAACCCAGUUUCUCCACCUUCUGUUGGAAUGACCUGGGGACAAUAACUUUGUCUUAGAGCCUCUCCUCAGCUGUAACUUGGAGAACAAAAUCCCCAUGGAAUCUCUGGCUUGUUAUGAGAACGAUAGGAACUAAAGUGCAGGAAGCGUUUACCUGCUCGCAGGUAACGGAGCAGCGCGUCAGCCUGGCAGCGGACAGCCAAGGACGUGGUGGUCAUUGUAUCGCUUGGGUUUAGCAAUGGGAAGGAUUGCGGGAAUAACUCCUGGAGCCUAGUCUCAUUUGCAGGUUCAGAUGCUUCUGUGCUAACCACCACCCGCUGCCAGAUCAGAACAGGACUUGGCAUUCAGAAGCUGCUAAGAAACCCAGGGCUCUUGCUUCCCUCUGUUGUGCAAAGCACAACAACAACGGCUGGAGCCCGCCUGCCCUGUGGAUUCACGAUGGCCCUAAUGCCUUUUAACACCAUUCCCAUUUCAAGGGUCUCCUACAAAAGAAGGAAGAGUGCACAUGGAGGGUGCCCGGCCCUCUGGUAGGUCUGACUUUAGAACACUCUGGAGAGGGGAGAGUUGAAGAGAGUUACUGGGAGUUGAUAUGACCACACUUGGGUUCUUCUGGAAUUUUCUGGUUUUGCCAGUUCUGAUCUCCCUGGGACACACAGAAGGCUGUUCCCAUGUAGGGCUGGCCAAGGCCCUCCAACUGCCUAGCUGGACCCCCAGAGAGCCACAUGUCCUGAGCUAUGUGCUUUGUCCUGAAGUUGAUUUCAUUACACUUUGGGGAAAGACACUGAAAUGGAAUUCCUUCAAGCCUCCCAAGCUAGGAGGCCUCUGAAAGCAGUCUGCUUCCAGCCCCUUGAACUCUGCUUAGGCCCACGCCCAAGAGAGGAGCCAUGUGCCCCCGGUGCAUUACAAGGCACUUGUGAACACAUCCCUGUUUAAUGCUGUGAGGCGGGACUCACUCUGAAAUAGAUGAAAGGGACCAGGCAAAUUUGCUUGGAGCAAGGAAGGUAUUAGUAAGUGAAAAUCAUCUCCUUGGUAUAACCCAGUUUCUCCAGGUUAGGAUGAGCAGCUGUCUGGAUCAGGGGCAUUGGGCCACACACCAGGAUGAGCGUGGACUGCCCCGGAGGAGGGAGGUGCUCCUUGAUCAUGUUGGCGGUGAUGUAGCCUGAGCUGUACUUCCAGCCUGAGAGUAAGCAGUAGUAGAAAAAAGCUGUGAGGGUGCCAGGUGAAGCCCCUGACCCCAAGCCUCCUGCCACCCCCCUCCCAAAGAGGCAAGGCUGCUCUCCAACACUUAGAAGUCUACACUGUUGUUCUCUGCAGAAGUGGGGAAGUUGAAGACGCGGGAGGGCCCAGGAAGCUGUCUUCACUAUGGACCCCAAACCCCACGCUCACUCUGGGACUCUGAGGCCCCCAGGUGGUGUCUGAUGCACCAAGCAUGGUCAGGGAUGGAGGACACUACAGUGAGGUGCAGUGUGAAUCAAGACCUUGAGUUGGGACUGUGCCUGGUGGAGCAGGCCUCGGGGCUUGUGGUUUGGUUGGGGGGGCACCCUCUUCUGGGCAGUGAGCUAUGUGACAAGGCUGGCACAGCUCAUGAGGUAGGAGGGGCAGCCAUGGAAGGCACAGGGCAUGGGUGGCAGCUGGGUGCUGGCUAGGGUUGUAGCAGUGGGCUGGAGCUCAUCAUAUGAGGACUGCUGUCCAGGAGAGGCUGGGUGGUAAGGGGGCAUGGGGUCCAUGGCCAUAUUAGAUGCAGGGAGUGUGAAUUCUCUGGGAUGCCAUGUCGAGUGUAGCAUGGAGUCCUCAGUGUCCCUCGAGAACCUCCCGAGGUUCAAUGUGCAUAUGGAGUGUUGCUGAGCUAUCACACGCCUGCCCUUGAUGGCCCUUACAAACAGGUUGUUCCAAAUCCUCUCUCCCUCAAGUUCCCUCCAUUUCCUGUGCGGAGACAGAGCUGAAGGUCUCAGCUCCCCCUCCCUCCCAGCACAGUCCUAAGAAGCAAACAAACCCAGGGACUACUUCCUGAGGUGGGUCAAGGGUUGGAGCUAAACCACAAUGGGGACAACAGGGAGCGUACCAACAGGAGGCCUGUCCAGGGUGUACCACAGGUCAAACUGGUCCGGGUGAGUUCUGGCAACUUCUUCAAGCUCCCGUCUCACCAAGAUAUCCUCCUCUGUCUAGAAAAGAAGCCCCAUGAGCAAAGCCUCACCAGGGCUGGACCGCUUGUUCCCCACACUGGGCACCUGGGCCAGCCCAUUUCUGCCCAAGCUGCCCCCACUCAGUGGGAGUGCUCUCACCCCACCCAGAACUUCUGGGGCAAAGGUUCUGUGGCAGCUCCUGCACCACCAGCCCUCUUUCCUGUGGGUGGAGGAGGUGGAACCUCCCGCAGAGGCGAUGACUGCCUUCCAGCUGGAAGACCAAGCAGGGUGGCCUCACUCAAGGUUCCCAGCACUCCACCACCCCAUCUACACUGAGCACCAGGUAUGGCCACCCAGCUGGAACUCAGAUGGAAUCAGCCUUGUGUGCGCCCGGGAUCUUCUGUGAAAAGUGCAAGCGGUAAAGGCAGUAACAUAUGAGGUACCACCUAACGUAACAGCACUGGAGAGCUAAAGCAGAGGAACACAAAGGUUGGAGCUUCAUUUGGGAAACGGGAGCAAAAACCAAAGAAACUUCUCAGGAGCUCAGAGGUACUGCACAGAGGACCUGGAUCUUAAAACUCUUCACGAUUCUUAAUGCCAGCAAUUCCACUUCUGGGAUUCUACUUAAGAAAAUAACCUAAAAGGCAACAGGCCUAGGCAAUAUCAUUCAUUUGGUCCUUUACAACUGUGAAAACUGGAAAAAAAAAUGUGAAUGCAGAAGUUAGAGUAAAUUAUGGUACAACUUGAUACAGACAAAAAUAGAGUUUUGAUGGGAAGAAAACGCUUGUGUGGUAAUACUGAGUGAAAAACCAAAGCAAUAUAUAACUAAUUGUAACUAUAUGGCACGUAUAAAGAAAAGACAGAAAAGAUGUCGAAUAUUUAUAUACUUCCGUAUUUCCUGAAAUUUCUACUGCAGGCAUCUAUGAUGUUAUACGCAGAAAAACAGAACUACACAUUAAGAAAGGAAGGACAGCUUAGUUCAUAGGGGGAUGGGGCAGACAGUUAAAAAAAUAAAUGAGAAAUCAGGCCUGGACUUAAAAAAAAAAAAAAAAAAAAA